GCCCGCUACCGACCAUCCUUCAGCCACCGCCGCGAAGGCUCUCUGCAGCCAUGUCCGAGCUUACCCUCGAUACCCUCGUCGACGAUGGCAACUACCUGGCCUCGGAGCGCGCUCGCCUGGAGAACAAAGUCCUGCUUGAUGAACUCGAGCGCAAGAAGAAGGCGCGUAGUCUCGCGGUGCCUACCGACGACAACAAAGUGAAAGCUAGACUGCGUGAGAUUGGGGAACCCAUCACGCUCUUUGGUGAACGCGCUGCCGACAGACGAGACCGUCUCAUUUAUGUCUUGUCACAAAUCAACGCCGCAAGGGGGGACGAUGCUAUGCAAGUGGACGAGGAGGAGAGCUCAGAAGAAAGUGAGGAAGAUGUGGAAGAGUUUUACACGCCCGGCGCUUUGGAGCUGCUCGGGGCGCGUAGGCGAAUAGCGGAGUACUCUCUGCCCAGAGCUCAAAAAAGAGUGGCGCAGCAGCGGUUAGACAGCAAGAUUCCUCUGGGACGCAUUAUUGAUAUCCGGAAGAAGGUCUUCGCGGAAGCUCGGCGAUUUGCGGAAUUGGGUUCUCAGAUCGGUGACGACCGACCGAUCGCGCAAGUCAGAUUUUCUCCCAAUAGUGAGAUCCUAGCAACGGGUAGUUGGUCAGGCAAUGUCAAGCUGUGGAACAUUCCCAACUGCACACCAAUGCGGACACUACGAGGCCAUACUGACAGAGUCGGAGGAGUAGCUUGGCAUCCGCAAGCUACACUGAGCCAAAGUGGAGAUAUUGUCAAUCUAGUCAGCGGCGCUGGUGAUAUGAAUGUGAAUCUAUGGUCUCUGAAUAGCGAGACACCACUAUCGACAAUGAAAGGACAUGCAGAUCGUAUAUGUAGGGUGGCCUUUCAUCCGAGUGGCAACUAUGUUGCUAGUGCCAGUUUCGACACGUCAUGGAGGUUGUGGGAUGUCGCAUCGUCGAGAGAGCUUCUUCUCCAAGAAGGUCACUCCAAAGAGGUUUACGCAAUAGAGUUUCAAGAGGAUGGUGCUCUUAUCGCAUCAGGAGGACUGGACGCAAUUGGCCGUGUUUGGGACCUAAGGACAGGUCGUACAGCGAUGGUGCUGGACGGCCACGUCCAGGGCAUCUUUUCAAUUGCGUUCUCUCCCAAUGGUUAUCAAAUCGCCACCGGUUCCGGCGACGACACCAUACGAAUAUGGGACAUGCGGUCCCUGAAGGCACUCUACACCAUACCAGGCCACCUUUCUAACGUCGCAGACGUGCGCUUCUACCGCGGGAUGGACUUGCCAUAUGCCCCCUUCUCGCCCACACAAGACGUCGAAGUGAAUGGGAUGGACGAGAAGCCAGACGCCGACGACAAGGCACGCGCUCAGGAAGCGGAAGAACGUAAAUACCGCUCUGGGCUAUACAUGGCCAGCGCGGGCUACGAUGGCCUGGUCAAAAUCUGGAGUGCGGAUGACUGGCAGCUCUUGCGCACGCUCCCGACGGACGGAGGCAAGGUGAUGUCGGUGGACUUGUCAAACGACGCCAAGUAUCUCGCGUCGGGGACGUAUAACAGGAACUUCCAACUAUUCGCUCCGGACGAGAGCGUUGUCGUGUAGGUAGCAUGAAACGCAGAGGUCGAUGUAUACCCGCGUGUGUGCGGUUUCCGUUGUGGGUCGAUUUCAGGGAACAGAACCCGGGAGCAAAUUGACGUUCUUGUGUGAACGAACCCUAAUUACGCGACGGUGUUCAGCGCCGUUCCCAUGCUGUGCGUUGGUAUUGCCCAAUCAUUGCUUGUACUUGUCCCUGUUCCUGCUGAGCCUGAUGGUGCUUUCUGAAGCAGUUGUGUGCGGGUCGGCUAGCUAUGUGAUAGGAGCGCCGUUGAUCAUUUAUUUUGAUCCGCACAAUCCGCGCGGCCGCUAUGUAAGUAUGAAUA